CUCAAAAGUGAAACUGAAGCAAUGUUGCUCCAAAAUGUCUCAGUACGUAGCACUAAAAAAACCCUUUUUGUCCUUAGCAUUAAUCCUAUCCUGUGGUUUUCUCCUACUUGCUGGCAGACAGAUCAAUGGUGCAGUACAUUUAGACAUCCCAACUUUCUUCAAGAUACUCCCUAACCAAAGAUUCACACUACUGAAAGUGGAUUCAGAUGGCGCCUAUGGGAAAAAAGUAGAUGAAUUUGAAAAAGUGGCAGAAGCUUCAGCUAACAUUCCUGAGCUCCUUGUGGCUCUGGUAGAAAUUUCAGAAUAUUAUGAAAUAACUAAUCAAGAACUGGCAGAUCGGUACAGAGUAGAAAAAGAAGAUUUCCCAGCCCUCUUCCUCUUUCGCAAUGGAAGCGUGGAUAAUGCCAUUUCCUACUUCGGUCCCAUCCAGGCUGAAAUGAUACUGCGCUGGUUACGAGGUAAUGGUGUUCAUUUUCAUCUUCCUGGCUGUCUGCCAGAAUUUGAUAUCAUGGCUGCACAGUUUAAAGCUGCGACAAGUAAUAAUGAAAGGCAAGAAGUACUGGAUCGUGCCCAAGAAGCAGCUGAGCUGGUAAAGGAUGGUUACAUCAGAGAUGCGGCAAACCUGUACAUUCAGGUUAUGAAGCGAGUGCUCAAGCUGGGCCCCUCAAUUGUACAUUUUGAUAUGCAGCAGCUGACUCAGAUGGCUCAAAAGGCAGAUAGCACAGAUCCGGACCUGCAGAAGCUGAAUAUGCAGCUGAAUAUUCUUUCAUCUUUUCUCCGUCUUGACAGAGAAAAUACAUAAAACUCAAGAAUGAGGGUUCAUACAGCAAGACUCAAAACCAAACACAUGAGUAUACAAAUGCAGGAACUGUGUGUGUGCUGCUGUUUACACAACUUACUGUGCCACAGUCAGCUCUGACUUAUUUUUUGAAGAACUUCUCUAACAUGACACAAAGAUAACAGCAGUACUGAUGUUACACUGGAACCACUAACAGAUAUUUCAUUGUCUUAAAUGAAACUCUUCUCUGCAGGUUGUAAAUUGACUGAGUUGUCAAAUGUGUGACCUGAUAUUAAAGCUACAUCUGGGGGUUUGCUGUUAAUGUAAUGAAGAAUUUUAAUUUUAAAAUUCUGUUUUUGGAUCAAAUGUUAUUUGACUGCUUUGUGCACAUGCAUAGAGUUUUCUGAAUAAAGACUGUAGUUAAGUCAAUUUAAAAA